GCACUGUGAGCCAAUCAGAGGACGCGCUCUGAGUUCCGUGUUGCUGUGGUUUCCUUCGCACAGUCCGAGCAGGAAGUGGGAGACGUCCCCCAUGGCCCCAUGUUGUUGUGGAGGGCUGCUGCUACCGAAUGAUGUUACCCUUUCAAAAUGAGUAAGCGAAAAGCCAGCGUGAUUAUUGAUGCAACAACUUUCAAGAGCCGGCGAGUGACAACUACAGGUGCUGAAAAUGCAACAGACACGAAUCGUCAGGGAUUGUCUUCAAACAUCUUCACUCCCUCCGCAUCGGGAGACAUUGGGCUCAUUGAAAGCAUCACUUUAAAAAACUUCUUGUGCCACCACUCUCUAGGACCGGUCCAGUUCGGGCCCCAUGUGAAUUUUAUCGUGGGCAACAAUGGGAGUGGAAAAAGUGCCAUUCUUACCGCCUUAAUUGUAGGCCUCGGUGGAAAAGCCACCAUGACAAACAGAGGGGUGUCACUGAAGGAUUUUGUGAAAACUGGAGAAAGUACUGCAGAUGUAACUGUAAAACUGAGAAACAGAGGUGCAGACGCUUACAAAAAGGAUCUGUAUGGUGACUACAUUACCGUAGAACAACGCAUCUCCAGCGAUGGAUCUCGGAGCUACAAACUCAAGAACAAAUCAGGUCAACUUGUCUCAAACAAGAAAGAAGAAUUAAUAUCAGUUUUGGACCACUUUAACAUCCAGCUGGAUAACCCAGUAUCCAUUCUCAGCCAGGAAAUGAGUAAACAGUUUCUCCAUUCAAAAAACGAGACGGACAAAUAUAAGUUCUUCAUGAAAGCAACUUUACUUGAGCAGAUGAAGAGAGAUUACAUCCACAUCAAGCACACUGAAACAAUCACACGGCAACAGGUUGAGAGGCAAGAAGAGUGUCUCAAGGACUUAAAGCAGGAGUUCCUACAGAAGAAAGAGCGAUAUGAAAGUUUGUCGUCUUUCAGUGAUUUGAAGGAGACUUUGGAGAACCUAAAGAAAAAAAUGGCAUGGUGUUUGGUCAGAGACAAGGAGCAGUCCAUACAGCAGCUGAAGGAGGAAAUUAGGAAAGAAGAAAAAAAUAAACAUGAAGAUAACCUAAAGCUCUGUCAGUCAAAGCUCGUACAAACAGAGAAAAGACUGCAGAUUAUUAAAAAGAGAACUGACAGUCUACGAGAGGAGCAGAAGUCCCUCAGAGAGGAUCAUCUCAACUUCAAACAGCAAGCAAAAAUAACUAACAAAGCUCACAAGGAGCAGGAGCUUGUUUAUUUUCGGGCUCUAAACAAACUGAAGCAAACAGAACGAGAGCAGAGCCUUCUCCAGGAGAAAAUUAACAAGGCCAAAGCAAGCGAGAGACUGAACAACAGUGGAGAAACCAAACGCUCAAAACAGCAGGCGACCUUGGGUGAUCUCAAAGAGCAGCUGGCAGAGCUUCAGAGGAAAUGCUUACAGCUGAAUGAAGACAUUAAGAAGAAACACCAGGCACUUCUGAAAGGAAAAGAAGAAUGGGACAAGCUGAGAGUUGAAGCAAAGAGUGUGCAGUUUGCUUACGAGUCCAAGUUGAAGAGAAAGAACCAGCUCCUCGCCAGUCGAUCCAACAAGCUCAAGCGUUUUGGAGAUCAUGUACCCGACCUGAUCGCUGCAAUUAAUGAUGCAUGUGCUGCAGGACACUUCAUCAAGAAACCCAUUGGGCCAAUAGGGGCGUGCAUCAGUUUAAAGGAUCCCACGCUGGCUGUGUCUGUGGAGUGCUGUUUGCGCAGCUUCAUGAAGGCGUUCUGUUGUGACAACUACAAAGACGAGUCAGUCCUUCAGGGGCUGAUGUCUCGCUUUUAUCCUAAGGGCAACAGACCACAGAUCAUCGUUAGCCCCUUCUCUGAUAAACUCUACAACGUUCAUGGGCGAAAAGCAUGUCAUCCAGAUUACCUAACCGUUCUGGACACGAUCACAGCAACAACUUCAGUCAUCAUCAAUUGCCUGGUUGAUAUGAGGGGGAUAGAAACCAUUCUUGUGAUCAAAGAGAAAGACAAGGCGAGGAGGAUCAUGCAGAAAGGUCGGCCUCCAAAAAACUGCCGUGAAGCCUUCACAGCUGAGGGAGAUCAGGUGUUUCCGAACCGCUACUACACCUCUGAAUUCAGCAUGGCCAAGUACCUCAGUGGAGACAUCGAGACUGAAAUAAAUUUACUGGAAUCAGAACUGGAGAAUCUCAAAGCUCAGCUGUCCAGGUUUCAGCUUCAGGCGAACUCCGUCACUGAGGAUAUAUUAAGCAUGGAGAACAUCCUGAACAGCACCAUCAAGACCUUGAAGAAGACUCAGGCCUCUGAGAAUCAGGUCAAAGCAGCAAUAAGUGAGCUGGAGACUGCUAGUGAGGAGCAAAGUGAUGACCUCAACUCCUUGGAAGAAGUUGCCCAGGAGAACCAACAGAAAAUUGAGGUGGAAAAACAAGCCGUUCAGGAGGCAAAGGCAGAAUUGGACAAGCAACGAAACACAUCAGAGGAGGCAGACUCGAAUUACUCCUCUGUCAGAGAUAAAAUUGAUCAGCUGUUAGAGGAAAUUGAGCCCCUGAAGGACGAGCAACUGAAACUGGAGACGGAGUGUGUAAAACAUGAGCGAAACCUUAAACUGUUAGAAAAAAAACUGAAGACUCACGAAGACAACGUCCAAGCCAUGAACAGUGCACUUUCAGAAAAAGAACAAGAGUUACAGGAAAACGUAGAGAAAGCUAAGCAGAUCAGCCCUGAGCGGCAGCAUGUCACCUGUAGCACCAAGAGUAUCGACACAGAAAUCACACGACUGAAGAAGAAGCUCAAGGUGUAUGAGAGCAACCACGGCGAGCAGGAGCAGGUGAUCAGGGAGUAUGCUGAGGCCCUCUCUCUCUACAAAGAGAAAACCAACCAAGUGAGGGAUCUGCGCAGGUUCAUUGAUCGGCUCAACAACAUCAUGUCAGACAGGCAGAACAGAUACAAGAUAAUGCGCAGGUCCCUCUCAGUGAGGUGUAAGCUGUACUUCAAUAACUUCUUGAUCAAGAUGAACUGCUGUGGCGCCAUGAUCUUUGAUCACAACAACGAAACGCUUUCAAUCUCGGUAAAGCCUCCAGGCAGGGACAAAGAUGGUGCGAGUGACAUGAGGUCUCUGUCUGGUGGGGAGCGCUCCUUCUCCACCGUUUGCUUCAUGCUCUCCCUUUGGGAGAUCACAGAAUCACCGUUCAGAUGCCUCGAUGAGUUCGACGUCUACAUGGACAUGCACAAUCGGAGGAUCUGUCUGGACCUCCUCUUGGAGCUUUCAGAGCGGCAGCACCUUCGGCAGUUCAUCUUCAUUACUCCCUUGAACACCAGUAACCUCCCCAAAACAGCCCUCAUCAAAAUUCAUCAUCUGCGAGAUCCUGAACGAGAAGAUGGCCACACAAGAGACAAGGCUAUCUAACAUGCCAUCGGUGCCUUUAACACAUAAAACAGUAAAAACAUGCUAAUAGUUUAUGGGAGGUGCCCAGACUUUUAAACUCUGUCAUUUCUCCUGCGAUGCCUGCAGGAAUAUACUGUUUUAUGAAACCUAAAUAAUUAGAAUUUAAAUAUCUCUAGUAUAAUUCUUUUUCUAUUUUCUCUUCUUUUUUCUGUGUAUAUAAAUGAUAAACAUUUAGAUGGAAACGUAGACUUAUAAUUUUUAAAGGUAGUACUGUAUUUCUAUAGUUGUACUUGAUGUUCUACUAUAUUCUGUUUCAGAAAAGUGUUUUUAAAAUGUUCCCCUGAAAAGUGAGGUUUCAUCCUAUAUGUUUAGAUGUUUAUUUAUGAAAUGUUUAUUUUUUCUGAAUUAUGUUUUAUCUUUUAGCCAGGCAAAGACCUAAAGUGACCUUAUUGUUGGAGUUUGAGAUGUUUGUGUACAAGUUUUGCUGCAUUUUAAUAGCUCUGUAAACAGUUUUAUGGGAAUAUUGUACUCUGAUGGCUUUAUUGUGUGUUUGGCUUGUUUUUUGUUUCUUCUGUAUAUUUUAAAGUGAGUCUAUAUUAUGUACCACCUCAUUCUUCACAGAGGCGUCUCACACACUCCUUCAUUGUGUUGUAGCUGAGUCCACACACUGUUGGUUGAAGAAAUGAUCCAUUUUACUUACCUUCAGCAUCCGCUACUUAGUGUUUUUCUCUUCACUGUCUGCCUGUUCGAUCCCUGAUUUGUACUGGCGUUAUAUGAGGAAAGGCAGGUGGUCUUGACUUUGCAUGGGCCGGCAUGAGAUUCUCACAAUAUACCUAAGCAGGAAUACUGCAUUUUCAUGGUUUUUACACAAAAAUGCAAAAUAUUAAUGUAUAACACGAACCACUUGAUUUAACUGAAUACAGAAAAGGAGCAAUUAUUCCUACUGCUGCUAAAAUAAUCUGAAAUUCAUUAUUACAGUUAUACUAAUGUUACCUAGAACAUUUUUUAUUAUUUUGAUAUACACUUAAAGACCUAAACACCUGUUAAAUGAAGUAUUAAUUUUCAAGUGCUUGUGCAGAAUAUUGGACUUUUUGCAGUUCUGUUCUGCUUGUUAUAAAGUAAUACAAGUGUACCAACAUGAUUUUGCUCAGGCAGAAGCUGCAGUCAGCCAUUUAACAGAAAUGCUACUCAUAGCUUGACAACUGUUGCUCUAAAACAGCAUUAUCUCUGUUUUUGGGGUUUAUUUGUCCUAGAAAUUGUAAUGGUUUUAUUCCUCAUAAAGACAUUUCCUUCAUUUAUUCAAGGAAAAUAAAACAACCUUCAUUCAGCAACCUGACUGGCAGUGUGCAGCAGCAGGUAGGGGAGAGGCAUUGCUGUUAUUCUAUGCUCCAUGCAGGUGGAUAAAACUCUGGUUACCGUUAAAGUUUAGUUUAUAAAGUAAAUUUAGACUUAAUGAGGGAAAUCUAAACAGAGUGAAAUGUAUUCUAUAUUUUUUUUUACUAAUUUCAUGUAAAAUCUAAAGAUAUUUUAUAACUGUGUUUUUGUUGAAACAAAAUGUACCCCAGUCAGAUUUUUUUUCUGUCACUGGCUUGAUCUCUCAGAUCUGAUCCCUCUGAGUUAAACAUCCAGAGCAGAGCGACAAAAUUCAAAAAUUAAUAUUUCAAUAAAUCUGCAUUACCUUUA